AUGAAAGACAGCAAAGGCUGGGAUGGGAAGCUACGCGUUGAACCCAAAGCAACUAUAACGAACCCGGAGGCUUUAGAGGACCCAGAUUACUCGGACGAGGACGCACCGCCCGUGGAGGAGAUCAAUGCGGAUGAGGAUCUGUUAGAAGAUGAGGAUAAAGAUGUCGAGGAUAUCGACCUCGUACAUUGUCGGAUAAGCUCCGUUCCAGCUUUGCGGUUGGAGCGGUUUUCGAAGCUCCAGCGAUUAUGUUUGCGUCAAAACCAGAUAUCGCGGAUCGAAUUACCCUCAAGUCUCGGCGACACGCUAGGCGAAUUGGACGUUUAUGACAAUCUUAUAUCGCAUCUUAAGGGGCUCGAUGAUUUUAAGAACCUGACGAGCCUGGACCUGAGCUUUAAUAAGCUGAAGCAUAUCAAAAACAUCUCGCACUUGGUCAAGCUGAAGGAACUUUUUUUCGUGCAGAAUAGGAUCUCGAAGAUUGAAGGGCUUGAGGGCUUAACGGAAAUAAAGAACUUAGAAUUGGGAGCUAAUAGGAUUCGGGAAAUUGAGAACCUCGAAACACUAAGUGCCCUGGAAGAGCUAUGGCUUGGAAAGAAUAAGAUUACAGAGUUGAAGAAUCUUGAUGCGCUUUCGAACCUUCGCAUCCUCUCCAUUCAGUCGAAUAGGCUCACCAGUCUCAACGGCCUUUCGUCUCUCAAGAACCUCGAAGAACUCUACGUGUCGCACAACGCUAUUACAGACCUCGCCGGAUUAGAAUCAAAUACCAAUCUUAGUGUUCUAGACUUCUCGAAUAACCAGGUCUCCAAUCUUGAACAUCUAUCCCACCUGAAGAACCUGGAGGAGCUAUGGGCAUCUAACAACCAACUCUCCAACUUCAACGAGGUAGAACGGGAGCUGAAAGAUAAGGAGAACCUGAAAACAGUGUACUUUGAAGGGAAUCCCCUACAGACCAACGGGCCGGUAGUAUACCGGAAUAAGGUGCGGUUAGCCAUACCGCAGAUCAUGCAAAUUGACGCCACGUUUGUACGAAUUGCUUGA